AUGCUAUCACGUCGAGCCCUCCGCCAGUACUCAUCAUCAACGCUCUUUACACGUUAUCUGUUGGAAUGCAAGGUUCCUAAACAGUGGAAGACCAGCAAGACCGUGUUGUUGUAUAAAAAGGGAGAUCCACAUGACAUCGGCAACUAUCGCCCAAUCUGUUUACUGUCCGUCAUCUACAAGCUCUUUACAAGAGUGGUCCUUGAUAGGAUUGAAAAAGUCUUGGAUGAAGGACAGCCAUGCGAGCAAGCAGGGUUUCGAAAAGGAUUCAGCACGUUUGACCACAUUCACACUGUUUCGAAACUCAUCGAGGCAUCACGAGAGUACAAGAUGCCGCUCUGUCUCACCUUCAUCGACUUGAAAAAGGCCUUCGACUCAGUUGAGAUGGAAGAGGUCGUGGAAGCCUUGGACAACCAAGGCGUCCCUACUCAGUACAUAAAGGUAUUUCGAGAGUUGUACAGUAACUUCACGACCGGAAUUUCGCCAUUUUACAAGAACAUCAUCAUUGACGUGAAGAGGAGGGUCCAGACAGGGUGA